GAAUGUCAAGUGCAAUAGUGAAAAUCAAUUAAAAGAAAGCUUUACAAUUUGAAAACAAUAUAAUAACAAAUAAAUUACAGAUUUUAAGAGAAGAAAUGAUUCCAAGAUGGUUUGAAUUUUCUGUUUUGGGAUUUCUAAUAACUAUACGAGUGUUUUCAAUAGUAAAAGGAGAAGACAUACAUUUUUCGGAAAAGAAUCUUUUAUUGGAAGAGAAUAAAUAUCAUGCUGAUUCAUUUAAUAAUAUUGGUACAGGAACUCAUUUUACGACGAGUGAAAAUAGUGAAGAAAAUGAGAACCUUGAAAAAUCCUAUUGGUUUUUGAACAUACCACUUUUGCCUGUAGUGGUUGCGACUUCUAAUUCUAUUCCGGAAGGCCCAUGCAAAAAACAGUUAAAUCUGUAUCUUAAUCAUUUGCAAAAUGGGACUUUAUGGGCGACUGAAAUGUUUGACUCAUCGGCAAAAUAUCCUUACGGAAUAUUCGAUGGGCAUAUGCGACAUUUCGGAAACUUCGAUCAGUGUUUUCGAAUUCAAACAAAAAUUCCAAAUUACGAAAGAGAUGGAGGAUUUGAAGAAAUUCGUAGCAGAUAUUGUUUAGUGGAUAUUAAGUACCAAGAAAAAAAUGAACCAAAAAAUUUCACAGGAAAACUUGAUAUUUGGUUCGACCCUCAAGGUUCCGCCUGGGAAGCCAUUAGAGAAAAGGGCGAUUUCCGAAGGUACCAGCGGUACCUUUUGCAAAUGGCUUUAUGUGUACCGGCAGGUUGCCGCCCCGAAGAUAUUGUAACAGCUUUGAAGGAACCCUUAGAUAGUUUUAACAAACAAUACAAUGUUCAAGUGCAAGCAUCAGUUCAAAAGGAUCUCUGCCAAGCUGCCCACGAAGCUAAACAAUUUUCUAAUUAUGGCAUCGCUUACUGUAUUUUCUUUAUUUCGAUAAUCGCUAUUGUAAUAGUCAGCACUAUAUAUGACGCUAAAUCUAACAAAAAAGAAAAAAUAUCCCUACAAAAGGAAUUAUUAUUUUGCUUUUCCGCUCGCAGAAGUUUGAAUAGUAUUUUCAGGGUAAAUUAUCGACAUCGUGGAUUUGAUUGUAUACACUUGGUUCGAAUUAUUGGUACAUAUUUUGUGGUCUUUGGUCAUAGAACCAUUCAACCACUACAUACUGCAAAUGUAAAGGGACGAUAUUUCGAAUGGAUGACGAAUGCACCUUAUUUUAGCUUUAUUUUUAACGGUCCUGUUAUUGUCGACGGAUUUCUUGGUAUAGGAGGAAUGGUAAUGUCUUACCGCUUAUUAGAAUUUUUGGAAAAAUCAAAGCAAUUAAAUGUGUUCCUUCUGAUUAUAAAUCGAUUUGUGAGGUUAGCACCGCUCUUCGCAUUCGUCGUUUUUGCUUACGCAGUCUUGCUUUAUCACAUUGGUUCUGGACCUUUUUGGAAAAAUAGAUUUGGAUUCGAUCAAGACUGUUGUUCAAAUUACUGGUGGGCAAGUCUUCUUUUUAUCAGCAAUUAUAUCAAUGGAAGUAAUACGUCUUCGGAACAUGCAGAAAGUGUCACCACCGCAGGAUGUGUGAAUGCAUUAGGUACUUUCAUACCACCAAUGUUCAUAUUCAAAGGAAAACGUCUGAAGCCGGAAUUAUACGACAACUUGCCAACGGGAUAA